AUGACCACCUGUGMCUGGAAGCUUCCAGAUGAACUAGUGUUAAGCCAGAAAUCACUAGUGAUGUCUUUUAAGGAGAUGAAGACAGUCAGCGUGGCCUUAGUUCUGUGCCUGAAUGUCGGUGUGGACCCUCCUGACGUGGUGAAGACCACGCCUUGUGCCCGCUUAGAGUGCUGGAUUGAUCCUUUGUCAAUGGGUCCUCAGAAAGCUCUGGAAACCAUCGGUGCAAAUUUACAGAAGCAGUAUGAGAACUGGCAGCCGAGGGCCCGGUACAAGCAGAGCCUGGACCCAACUGUGGAUGAGGUCAAGAAGCUGUGCACUUCGCUGCGCCGGAAUGCCAAGGAGGAGCGGGUCCUCUUCCAUUACAAUGGCCACGGCGUGCCCAGGCCCACAGUGAAUGGCGAGGUCUGGGUCUUCAACAAGAACUACACUCAGUAUAUCCCUCUGUCUAUAUACGACCUGCAAACCUGGAUGGGCAGCCCGUCUAUUUUUGUCUAUGACUGCUCCAACGCUGGCCUGAUCGUCAAGUCCUUCAAGCAGUUUGCUCUGCAGAGGGAGCAGGAGCUGGAGGUAGCUGCAAUUAACCCAAACCACCCGCUUGCCCAGAUGCCUUUGCCCCCGUCAAUGAAAAACUGCAUUCAGCUGGCAGCCUGUGAGGCCAACGAGCUUCUGCCCAUGAUCCCCGACCUUCCUGCGGACCUGUUCACAUCCUGCCUCACCACUCCCAUCAAGAUCGCUCUGCGCUGGUUUUGCAUGCAGAAAUGUGUCAGCCUGGUGCCUGGAGUCACACUGGACUUGAUAGAAAAGAUCCCUGGCCGGCUGAAUGACAGGAGGACUCCUCUGGGUGAGCUCAACUGGAUCUUCACAGCAAUUACAGACACCAUCGCGUGGAACGUGCUCCCCCGCGAUCUCUUCCAAAAGCUCUUCAGACAGGACCUACUGGUGGCGAGUCUGUUUCGAAACUUUUUACUGGCAGAAAGGAUCAUGAGGUCAUACAACUGCACCCCUGUCAGCAGCCCCCGACUCCCGCCGACUUACAUGCAUGCGAUGUGGCAGGCCUGGGACCUUGCUGUGGACAUUUGUCUCUCUCAGUUGCCCACGAUCAUUGAGGAAGGCACUGCCUUCAGGCACAGCCCCUUCUUCGCUGAGCAGCUGACUGCGUUCCAGGUGUGGCUCACCAUGGGCGUGGAGAACCGGAGUCCCCCUGAGCAGCUGCCCAUCGUUCUACAGGUGCUGCUAAGUCAAGUGCACCGGCUGAGAGCCUUGGACUUGCUGGGAAGAUUUUUGGACUUGGGUCCCUGGGCGGUAAGCCUGGCCCUGUCAGUGGGCAUCUUCCCAUACGUGCUGAAGCUGCUCCAGAGCUCAGCCCGAGAGCUGCGGCCACUGCUCGUCUUCAUCUGGGCCAAGAUCCUCGCCGUGGACAGCUCGUGCCAAGCUGACCUCGUGAAGGACAACGGCCACAAGUACUUCCUUUCCGUCUUGGCUGACCCAUACAUGCCAGCUGAACACAGGACCAUGACAGCUUUCAUUCUUGCUGUGAUCGUCAACAGCUAUGCCACAGGGCAGGAAGCCUGCCUUCAGGGGAACCUGAUUGCCAUCUGCCUGGAACAGCUCAGUGACCCCCACCCACUCCUGCGCCAGUGGGUGGCCAUAUGCCUGGGGCGGAUCUGGCAGAACUUCGACUCAGCAAGAUGGUGUGGGGUGAGGGACAGUGCCCACGAGAAGCUCUACAGCCUCCUUUCUGACCCUAUCCCUGAGGUCCGAUGUGCAGCUGUCUUCGCCCUUGGCACAUUUGUGGGCAACUCUGCUGAGAGGACAGACCACUCCACCACCAUUGACCACAACGUGGCCAUGAUGCUUGCCCAGCUGAUUAAUGACGGGAGCCCCAUGGUCCGGAAGGAGCUGGUGGUGGCUCUGAGUCAUCUUGUGGUGCAGUAUGAGAGCAAUUUCUGCACCGUAGCCCUGCAGUUUAUGGAGGAGGAAAAGAACUACCCCUUGCCGUCUCCAGCAGCCACAGAGGGGGGUAGUUUGACCCCAGUGCGAGACAGUCCGUGUACCCCGAGGCUGCGCUCUGUGAGCUCCUAUGGAAACAUCCGGGCUGUCACCACGGCCAGGAGCCUGAACAAAUCUUUGCAGAAUCUGAGCUUGACGGAAGAAUCGGGCAGCUCGGUGGCCUUCUCCCCUGGGAACCUCAGCACCAGCAGCAGCGCCAGCAGCACACUGGGCAGCCCUGAGAACGAGGAGUACAUCCUGUCCUUUGAGACCAUCGACAAGAUGCGCCGCGUGAGCUCCUAUUCUGCCCUCAACUCCCUCAUAGGAGUUUCUUUUAACAGUGUUUACACUCAGAUUUGGAGAGUCCUAUUGCACCUGGCUGCUGACCCCUACCCAGAGGUGUCUGAUCUGGCCAUGAAAGUGCUCAACAGCAUCGCCUACAAGGCCACAGUGAAUGCCCGGCCCCAGCGCAUCCUGGACACCUCCUCUCUGACCCAGUCGGCACCGGCCAGCCCCACCAACAAGGGCAUGCACAUCCACCAGGUCGGAGGCUCCCCACCAGCAUCCAGCACCAGCAGCUGCAGCCUGACCAACGAUGUGGCCAAGCAACCAGUCAGCCGGGACUUGCCUUCAGGCCGCCCGGGCACCACGGGCCCCCCAGGGACGCAGUACACCCCUSACUCCCACCAGUUCCCCCGGACACGGAAGAUGUUUGACAGGGGUCCAGAUCAGCCUGGUCCCCCAUCUUGUCCCCGAGUCCUGGCGACCCCACGGUACAGCACUAGCCGUGAGCUGACCUGUCGUUCCCUUUGUUGGGUAGCUGAGGACCUGGAGGCCUGCCCUUAUUACUGCAUGGUGGUGGUGGAUGUGGUGGCCGUGGUGGCCGUGGUGGCCGUGGUGGUUGUUUCUGGAAGGCAACGUCGUGCGCUCCAGGGGUCCGACAGGCCCCCUCCAGCAGUGCUCCUGGAGGGGCUCAGGCAGGAUGUGGAGUCAGUGGGCACUGCUGCCUGCUACAGCGGCAAACACACUGUGUGGCUUCUUGUAAAGGAUGGAGGGUUGGAACUGGGUCACGCUCCCCUCCGAGGGCUCGCCUGGGGGAAGCUGCAGUCUGGGGCCUGGAGACUCUCGAUGCYGCUGGUUGGAGAUGGCCUGGCCACCUCAGAUGCACUCCAGGUGCCCCCACCACAGAGAGCUGACAUCCUUCUUAUGGGCACAGUGACCGUUUYCAAGUUGCUGAGUGUAAUUGGAUGUUUUCUGUCAUUGAAGAUCCCUGAAGAACACGACCUGGAGAGCCAGAUCCGCAAGGAGCGGGAAUGGCGGUUUCUGCGGAACACCCGCGUCAGGAAGCAGGCGCAGCAGGUCAUCCAGAAGGGCAUCACCAGACUGGACGACCAGAUAUUUCUGAACAGGAAUCCUGGUGUCCCCUCCGUGGUCAAGUUCCACCCCUUCACACCAUGUAUCGCCGUGGCUGACAAGGACAGCAUCUGUUUUUGGGACUGGGAGAAAGGAGAAAAGCUGGAUUACUUCCACAAUGGGAACCCUCGCUACACCAGGGUCACUGCCAUGGAGUACCUGAACGGCCAGGACUGCUCCCUUCUCCUGACAGCCACAGGGCCCUGGGUUCCAAAGCAGCCCCACAAAAAAGUGAAAAUGAAGCUGAAAAGUGGGGUGUUUGUCAGCCGCGUCAUGACCUACCGGGAGCACACAGCCUGGGUGGUGAAGGCCCACCUGCAGAAGCACCCCGAGGGCCACAUCGUGAGCGUGAGUGUCAAUGGAGAUGUGCGCUUCUUUGAUCCCCGGAUGCCUGAGUCUGUGAAUGUGCUACAGAUUGUGAAGGGGCUGACGUCCCUGGACAUCCACCCCCAGGCAAACCUCAUCGCAUGCGGCUCCAUGAACCAGUUCACCGCCAUCUACAACGGAAACGGCGAACUCAUCAACAACAUCAAGUACUACGACGGGUUCAUGGGCCAGCGAGUCGGGGCCAUCAGCUGCCUGGCCUUCCACCCACACUGGCCCCACCUGGCCGUGGGAAGCAACGACUACUACAUCUCCGUGUACUCGGUGGAGAAGCGCGUCAGAUAGUGGCACCGGGCUCCUGCUGCGGCCACCACACACACAGUGAACCCCAGGCUCGCCACAGACGUCGGCUCCUGACCCAGCUGCUGCCCUCGGAGGAAGGGCCACGCGCUUUCUUUUUUCUCUUCGCUGUAAUGUCUAGAAGGUCCAGGGAAGGGGAGGGCUUUGUUUUGACAUCACUUCUUGCAGAGAACCAGCGCCCAGGCUCCGGGACUCCCGACACACAGCUGUGCACCGUGGCCCCUUCCUGGCCUCUUUUCCUUCUGAGGUUUUUUUAAGGGAACAGACUUGUUUUAUUUUCCCUGUGAUCAGAGCAUUAGCUACAGAAACGACAGAGAAGCAGCACUGGGGCUCCCGUGGGCCCCAGAAUGGCCCCCACCAGCCUGGCCUGGCCCCACUGUCCUCUCAAGGCCUGAGCCUGGAGCUGCUGGGAACAGGCUGGAGGAUGUUGAGGUGUCAGAAAACAGGGAGGGAGACCCCUGCAGCCAGCAGUGAGGAGGAAGCAGCCCCGAGCUGGCCCUCCAGGGCUGCUCAGCUGCAGGCCUCCCUGUCAAGGGGGGUCGUGGUACGAAGAGGGGGGCUCGCCACCCUCACCCUACCCCCCGUGCAGCCAGGCCCUUGGACUCUGGUUUGGGUCCUUCUCGCAGGAAGGCAUUCACAGGAGAGGGCCCCUGGGCUCUGCUGCUCUAGACACAAUGAGGUCCUCACAGAUCAGCCACCGUCCCAACCUGCAGGCUCAUCCCUGAAGUGCUGCUCUAGUGACCAUGGCCAGGACCUCCAUGUCCCUGCUUGGGGUGCAUGUGUGCAUGGGUGCCAUGGCCUCCCUGCCGUGCACACACCUCACACAGGUGCUGAGGUGCACGGAGCCCCAGGGGUUGUGGGUAGCAAUAGCCGGUCUUCAGCCCUUUGCCCUACGCUGGUGUGAGCAAGGCUUGCAUCUUGCAGUCCGUGAUGCAGAAGCAUUCUGGAGGCCUGGCCUGGCCUGCCCGGCGUGUGUGUGUUUGUGUGUGUGUGUGUGUGUGUGUGUGUGUGUGUGUGUGUGUAUGUGUGUGUGUGUGCGCGCGCACGUGCGCGUGCAUGUGCAGUUCCAGAGGGGCCUUGUGGACGGCUGGACCAUGGGAGGGAGCUCGGGAUUGCUGCCGAUUGCACACACAUGGCACAACCACAAUGAUGGCGUUUGGAAAGCGUUUCCAUUUUCCUUGGGAAUCAGGAUCUUUCAGAGAUGAGGAAUGAGACGGCUUAAUUGAUUCUGCCGAUCAGAGACCAAUAAUAGUGGGGUCUGAGUGAGUCGGGACAGGAAAGCCAGGCCCCUCAUGUGGGGGGCGAUAGCUCUGUUUUGGCCAAGACUCUUCCAGGUGGAUGGAGCCCUGAGGGCAGCCCUGAGCCAACCCCAGAGCCAGACGGGUGGACAAGGCAGGAUGGAGGAGGAGGAGACCCUUCUGCUGCCCCCAGGAAAUGAGCUGUCCACCAGGAGGUUCCAGGGUGAAGGCCCUUCCCUCACCUGGGAGCACAAGCAGCCUGGAGUCAGAAAGGCCCUAGAAAGUCCUGACUCCCCCACAAGUUCUACCCUUUCCCCUGCACCCCCUAAGCUCUGUGGGGAUCUCCUGUGGGUGAAACCCUGGAACCUUCUGGAAACUGAGCUUCACCCACAGAGCUGCUGACCUCCUGUAGCUGAGGUUCAGCUCGAUUGCAACCUAACUUGUAUUUCUGUUA